AUGGAGAGUUUCGAUUCAUCACUCCGUCAAUUUUGGGAAAUUGAUAGUGUUCCGCAAACAUCUUCUGAGAAGUCAGAGUCUAUAGAAGCUGAGGAACAGUUCAAGAACACCACAGUGCGAACUGAAUCAGGCAGAUACAUGGUCCAGCUGCCCUUCAAGGAAAACUUGUCUCUUUUGGAGAAUAAUCGAUCAUCUGCUGUUCAGCAAUAUUAUUCCUUGGAAAAAAAGAUGAAGUCUGACCAGAAUCUUAAGGAUCAGUACAACAAUAUCAUCAAGGAGUAUCUGGAUUUGGGAAUAGUGGAGAUUGUGCCUUAUGAGGAGCUCUCUGAGAAGUGCUAUUAUUUUCCCCAUCACUGCGUGGUAAAGUCACAGGCUGUUUCAACAAAAGUGCGAAUAGUGUUCAAUGCUUCAUCGAGAUCCCGAUCAGGUUUAAGUCUGAACGAUGUCUUAAAAGUAGGUCCGGUGGUGCAACCAGAGUUAGUUUCAGUGCUUUGGAGAUUUCGUGUAGGUGCUGUUGCACUUACAUGUGAUAUAGUUAAAAUGUAUCUUCAGACACUUCUUUAUCCACCCCACCGAGACUUCCAACGCUUCGUUUGGAGAGAAAGUCCAGAUGAAAGGUUGAAGGAUCUUCGAUUUCGCACGGUUUGUUUUGGCGUCAAAUCGUCCCCGUACCUAGCCACACGAUCCUUAGUACAGUUGGCUAUGGAAGAAGGAGAAAAGUACGCGACCGCGGCACAGGUAAUUCAAAACAAUUUCUAUAUCGAUGAUUGUCUUGUGUCCGCUCCUUCAGUAUCUCACAUGGAAAUCAUCAAAAAUGAGCUCAUAGAGGUAUUGAAGUCUGGAGGAAUGGAACUUUCAAAAUUCAACUCCAAUGUUCCAGAGAUCAUGCAACAUACUUCAGAAAACAUUCUUCCAUUGUCUGAAGUCCCAAUCAGUGAUCAACAAACAAAAACUCUUGGAAUGAUUUGGUGUCCUCGUACUGACAUGUUCCAGUUCAAAAUCAAUGUCGAUCACUCGGAGAAGAUAACAAAAAGAAGCAUUCUGUCAAUGUUGGCACGCAUAUUCGACCCCAUCGGGCUCCUAGGCCCCAUCCUUACUCAGGCAAGGCUCAUAUUUCAAGAAACAUGGAUCUUGAAGUUGGAUUGGGAUUCAGAACUUGGAUCAAGAGACGAUGAGGGAAGUGCUGAAUUGCGUGAAAGGUGGAUUCAGUUCAGAGAAGAUCUUGCCCCAUUGGAAUCUAUGGAGAUCCCCAGAUGGAUAUCAAAUAUUCAAUUUCCUACUCGUAUGGAGAUACAUGGCUUCAGUGAUGCCAGCGGAGAUGCUUAUGGUGCCGCUGUAUAUGUGGUUUGUGAAGAUGCUAUCGGAAAUCGUUCAGCUCGGCUUUUGACGUCAAAAUCAAAAAUCACUCCGCUGAAGCAGGGCAAACAUGCAUCAACAUUCACAAUUCCGAAAGCAGAACUGUGUGGAGCACUCAUGGCGGCCACGUUGGUGAAGACUGUAUCAUCGUCUUUGGAAGCUGAACACUGUUUCUUCUGGUGUGAUGCCACAGUGGUGUUGCAUCAAAUCCAUUCUCCUCAUGGGAAACGUGAAGUCUUUGUCACGAGAAGAGUAACUGACAUCCUAAAGGUUUCUGAAGCUCAUCAGUGGAGACACGUACCCACUAAGGAAAACCCAGCUGAUUUGAUUUCCCGUGGUGCAGGGUCCCAACAACUUAUUGAUUCUGAAUUAUGGUGGAAUGGACCCAGUUGGUUGUCACAGUCUUCUGAUCAAUGGCCUCCAGCAUUCGUUGCUAGUUCACGACUGGAUGUCGGUUCCUGUGUAACCAGCAGAGUAGAAGUGUCCAAAGGGCGUUCCGAUGAUGUAGAUGACUAUCCUUCAAUUUUUGAGCAUCUCAUCACAAGGUGUAGCAGAUUCCAAAGGAUGAAACGCAUACUUGCUCAAGUUCUAGCCAUCGUUCAAUUUUGGGGAACUACCACAAAACGCACAACCAGGAGCAGUAAGAAAGUGAGUGAUUAUCCACUAAACAAUUAUUUGUCAGAUGCAGAAUUGUUGAUGCUUCGUUGGAAUCAAUCCAUUUAUUUGUCCGAGGGACUACGAGCAGUCCAGUUCAACAAGUUAGAGUCAAAUCCGAAGGUGAGGUAUCUGUUGAAGUUAAAACCAUUUCUCGACAACAAGUGUAUUCUGCGAGUUGGUGGCCGACUUCAUUUCUCACAUGAAUCAAAGGACGUGAAACAUCCCAUCAUCAUUCCCAAAAGCCCACUGGCUAAACUCAUCAUCAAAGAAGAACAUGAGAGAUUGCUGCAUGCUGGUCCACAGCUCCUACUUUCUUCACUUCGUCAAAAGUAUUGGCCCAUAGACGGACGAAAUGCCACCAGAAAGAUAGUGAGGGAGUGUAUGGUGUGUACUAGAGCGAAUCCACGCGUGCAGGAGCAGGUCAUGGGGAGUUUACCAGAACAUCGUGUAACCCAUGUCAGACCAUUCAUGGCAGUGGGAUUGGACUUUGCAGGCCCUCUCUUGAUCCGUAAGGGCAUCCGACGUGACUCCACUGACAAGGCGUAUGUGGCGGUGUUUGUUUGUUUGUCUGUGAGAGCAGUCCAUUUGGAAUUGGUGUCAUCUCUUCACACGGACAACUUCAUCGCUGCUCUUAGACGAUUUGUUGCAAGGAGAGGAAUUCCUUCCCACAUUUACUCAGACAACGGUCGGACAUUCGUCGGCGCUGACAAUGAAUUGAAGAGACUUCUACAAUCAAGUGAUCAUCAGGAACUGGUUGCCAGGCAAUGUGAGGAGAUGAGCAUUGAGUGGAGAUUCCAGCCCCCAUAUGCCCCCCAUCAUGGUGGUUUAUGGGAAGCCGCCGUCAAGUCUUUUAAGUAUCACCUGAAGAGGAUAGCUGGAAAUGUCAUCAUGACGUUCGAGGAGCUCAGUACCCUCCUAAUUCAAAUUGAGGCAGUACUGAAUAGCCGUCCGCUGACUCCAGUAACCGAAAACGUGGAAGACUUGAACGUGCUGACGCCUGGAUCAUUUCUCAUUGGAAGACCACUUUGCCAAAUUCCGGAUCCAGAUCUUGGCACUGAAAAGUAUGGAUGUCUCAAAAGAUGGCAAUUGUGCCAGAAGAUUUCUCAAGAUUUGUCAAGACGCUGGAAGAUGGAGUAUCUACACAACCUGCAGCAGAGAGCUAAAUGGUGCAAGAGUCACGCGGAUUUGAAAGUGGGAGACUUAGUUUUGGUAAAGAAUGACCAAAGUCCCUCUACGAUUUGGCCAAUGGGAAGGGUGAUUCAGACAUUUCCUGGGAUCGAUCAAAGGGUUCGCGUUGUUGAGAUAAAGACUUCGUCGGGAAUUAUUAAGCGACCCAUUUCUCAAUUAGUAAAACUUCCUUUUGAUGAAAAUCCAGAAUAAAUUUAUUUUUCACUUUUUGUUUUUCGAAUUCAAAGCUCAAGAUUUCAAAUCUCAAACAUUAUUGUAACUCAAUUGAAUUUAAAUUUUGUAUCACAAAUGAAUUGAACCAUUGUAAAACCUUAAUGAUUACUUCCACUUCCUACUAAAUUUUUAUUGGAGACGCAUAAGUGAAGCUUCACUUUACUUAUGCGCUGGGGAGCAUGUUCGCGCACGCUCAUACAAUAUUGCGUGAAAAGCGCUAGUUGAAAAUUUGAACUCUAAUUUGAUUGCGCCGAAAGCGGCGAACUUAGCGACACUGCCCAUCAGGCAAUACAGUAGGGGAAGUGGAGCCAUAACUCUCUUUGUGUCAAGUGAGAAAAAGUACAUGUGUAAAGCAAGUGGUCAAAAAACUAAUAAAAUUCUUGUAAAUAAGUUAAAGAGUGUUUUUUAUUUGGCUGUAUCAUCAUCACAGGAGGGCCAUCGUUGAUCCUUUCAAGCAGGAUUAACCCCCCUGUGUCUAAUUGCAGGUAAAAUCAUUGGAGGAAAACUCUUCCGGAAAGCGGGAGAAUUGAGGUU